GAUAGCCGAAACGAAGCCAGAACGAAAACAUUCUCCAUAUCAACAACGUCGUUGUAUUUUAUUUUGUAAAUUAUUUCUAUAUUUUUUAAGUGAAGCCGCAUGAUCGGCGCAUCCGGAGGCUACAACGCAAGCCAUGAACAUACCAGGAGAUCAUGAGAUGACGCCUUUGGAGGUGGUCCAUGAGUUCAUCAGGGGCGUGGACGAUGGCACCAUACGGCGCGAUCUGGCCGAGGAUUGCAUCCUCAACUUCUACAGCCGCAAUGUGCGGGGCGCCAAGGAUAUAACCGGAUUUAUGAGGACCCAGGUGACACGACGCUAUAAACACGAGGCUUUCGACGAGGCGGCUUGUCCUAGUGUUGGCGACGAAGUCCUCUUGCAGGAGCGAUUCAGCAGGUCCUUCGAUCGGGAACGUCGUCGCAUCUAUGAGCAGAAGGAGCGCGACAAGACCACCACCAAUUUGCAUCUGCGUGCCGAGAGCGAUGACGAGUCGGGACCCCCAGAAUUUCCCAUGUUCCUGAUCACGCCCCCUCGGCCCUCGAGCUACCCCAUGGACAGCCUGAAAUAUGUGGAGGCCGUUGGACGGUUAAGAAAGCGGGAUAAUGGCUAUGGCGGCAUGGAUCUGGGCGAGUCAUCCGCGGUCCACCUCACUUUGGGCUAUCGAAGCACCCAACUGCCCGGUAGUCGAAUGCGCGGCAUCGAGAUCUGUCUGGCUGUCUACGAUCGGGGCCUGAGAGGCUCCCUUAACCGAUCCACUCUAGAGGCUCCACCCACUGCUAUAUCCAUUCAACGACGUGGCAAUGCCCGCCAUAAUCCCAGCACAGACGAUGAGGCCGACGACGCUCUACCGCCACCAACCAGUCGACGAUGGGUUCGUCGUACUUUAUUCACAGAGGAGAACGCCGAGGAGGAAGAAGAGGCACCCGAUCCCAACUCCGAUGCCGUUGCCCCUGCCACUGCUGGGCUGGAGCAGGAGCAGUCAGGAGCUCGGCAGGCAGAGGAGGCACCUCAAGAGGAGGCCAAUACUGACGUGAAUUCCCCCAGAUCAUCGGAAGUUCCAGCUUGCAGCAGCAGCAGCACCAGCAGCUACACACCAAGGAAACGCCAACAGCCAACCAAUGGCAACGAAGUGACACCCAAACGCACGCCGGGACCGCAACGCAUGCGUUUCUAGACCCCGAGUCUAGAGAAGACAGAUCCUUAAACAGUUUUAGUCCCUAGUUGCUUUCCAAAUCUCUGUAGCACAAUUCUCUUUUAGGCUUAAACGACACCCCACAAAUUUCCGUAGUUAUUUGAAGAAGACUGAUUGCACCCGUUUUGGUCCCGCUUGCAGGGACUAGCGUCGCGCUAGGCUAAUCCUGAAUAUGUAUUGUAUUUACAUAACUUCCUGUAUUUAUUUGUGUAUUAAAGUUCAAUGUUGAUUAA